AUGCUCCCAACGGAAGUCGAGCAAGGGAUCAGAGUCAUCGAGGUGGACUGGCAGCGGCUGAGGAAUGGUGCUGCCCACCACACCCAGGAGUACCCCAGCCCCGAGCUGGUGGUUCGCAGGGGCCAGAUGUUCACCAUCACGCUGGAGCUGAACAGAUCCCUGGACAGUGAGGAGACCUUCAUCUUCACUGUGGAGACAGGACCCCAGCCUUCUGAGGCCCUCCGCACCAAAGCUGUGUUCCAGACAUCGACGUCGGAGCUGGAGGUAGGCAAUGCCUGGUCAACAGUGAAGGAGGCUCAGAUGGAGAACACCCUGACCAUCAGCCUCGCCAGCCCGCCCAGUGCCGUCAUUGGCCGCUACCUACUGAGCGCCAGGGUUUCCUCUCGCCGCAAACACAGUGACUGGAAGCUGGGCAAGUUCGUUCUCCUGUUCAACCCAUGGUGCCCAGAGGACGCCGUGUUUCUGGCCUCGGAGGAGGAGAGACAAGAGUACGUGCUCAGCGACAGUGGGAUCAUCUUCCGAGGCGUGGAGAAGCACAUCCAAGCCCAAGGCUGGAACUUCGGGCAGUUUGAGGAGGACAUCCUGAACAUCUGCCUCUCCAUCCUGGACCGAAGCCCCAGUCACCAAGAUGACCCAGCCACCGACACGUCCCGCCGCCACGACCCCGUCUAUGUCACCAGGGCCGUCAGCGCCAUGGUGAACAGCAACAACGACCAGGGCGUCGUCCAAGGCCAGUGGCGGCGCAGGUACGGCAGCGGCACCAGCCCGCUGCACUGGCGCGGCAGUGUGGCCAUUCUGCACCAGUGGUUCAAGGGCAGGUGCAAGCCAGUCAAGUACGGCCAGUGCUGGGUCUUCGCUGGAGUCAUGUGCACAGUCCUCAGGUGCUUGGGGAUCGCAACACGGGUUGUGUCCAACUUUAACUCGGCCCAUGACACGGACGGAAGCCUGAGUGUGGACAAAUAUGUGGACUCGUUCGGGCGGACCCUGGAGGACCUGACGAAAGACAGCAUGUGGAAUUUCCACGUCUGGAACGAGAGCUGGUUUGCCCGGCGGGACCUGGGCCCCUUUUACAACGGCUGGCAGGUUCUGGACGCCACCCCGCAGGAGGAGAGCGAAGGCGUGUUCCGCUGCGGCCCGGCCUCGGUCGCCGCCAUCCGCGAGGGCGACGUGCACCUGGCCCACGACGGCCCCUUUGUGUUCUCGGAGGUCAACGCGGACUACGCCGCGUGGCUCUGGAAUGAGGAUGAGAGCCGGGAGCGCGUGUACUCCGACACAAAGAAGAUCGGGAGGUGCAUCUCCACCAAGGCGGUGGGCAGCGACUCCCGCGUGGACAUCACGGGCCUCUACAAGUAUCCGGAAGGGUCCCGGAAGGAGAGGCAGGUGUACAGCAAGGCCGUGAAGAAGCUGUUCAGCGUGGAAGCCUCUGGGAGGAGGGCCCGAGUCCACAGGGCCGGCGGCCGAGGUCUCUGGCGUGAUGACCUCCUGGAACCUGCCACCAAGCCCAGCGUCACCGGCAAGUUCAAGGUGCUGGAGCCACCCAAGCUGGGCCACGACCUGCGGCUGGCCCUGUGCUUGGCCAACCUCACCUCCCGGGCCCAGCGGGUCCGGGUCAACCUGAGUGGUGCCACCAUCCUCUACACCCGCAGGCGGGUGGCAGAGAUCCUGCACGAAUCCCACACAUUGCGGCUGGGGCCGGAAGAAGAGAAAAAGAUCCCAGUCACAAUAUCUUACUCUCAAUACAAGGAAGAGCUGACAGAGGACAAGAAGAUCCUGUUGGCUGCCAUGUGCCUUGUCACCAAAGGAGAGAAGCUCCUGGUGGAGAAGGACAUUACUCUGGAGGACUUCAUCACCAUCAAGGUUCUGGGCCCGGCCGUGGUAGGGGAAGCAGUUGUGGUGGAAGUGAUGGUGGUCAAUCCCCUCUUGGAGAGAGUGGAGGACUGUGUGCUGAUGGUGGAGGGCAGUGGCCUUCUCCAGGGACAGCUCAGCAUCACUGUGCCCAGCCUGGAGCCCCAGGAGAGGGCCUCGGUCCAGUUCAACAUCACCCCCUCCAAGAGCGGCCCAAGGCAGCUGCAGGUGGACCUCGUCAGCCCCCAUUUCCCGGACAUCAAAGGCUUUGUGAUCAUCCACGUAGCCAAGGCCAAGUCAUAG